CACUAAAUACGUAAUCAGCACGACCGGUCGCGGUUCGGUUUGUCUUUUCUUUAAUUAUUUUAUAAAAUCAUAGUGUCUCCUGGAUAUUCGUUUAGUUUUUAGUAUAUUUUAAAACAAAUAAGAAAAUGAGUGGUCUAGUAAGAACAGCUCACAGAGUCCUGCAUAACUGUGUUAAAAACAGCAGCCUCGCCGGUGCAGUUAUCAGCAGGACCCAAGCACCAGUAAAACGUGACUUCAUGCGAGGAAUCUGGCACAUGAGCUGUUCAAAAAGACUAGACGGCGCAUCAACGUCCACGGGCCUUUUGCACCACUCAAAUACAUGCGGUUGCGGGUGCGGCUUAAAAGCGCUUCACACGAAAGGUGAACGAGAGCUGGUGGAAUUUCUCACUGAAGAAAUAGUUGCAGAGCGCAAAGCGCAGAAGCUCAAGACUCUGCCAACAGAAGUGGAAGGGUUCUCCAUUAAGGGUGAUGGUGCUGAGGUGGUCCUCACUAAACAGAUGAAGGAUGAAAUUGUUCGAAUCACAUUCAAUGUCAACCACACUGUGGACUCCGAGGACUUUGGGGAUGACAUUCAGCCUGAGAAACAGGAGUUUGCUGAGAUGAGGUCCAAGCCGCAGUUUGAGGUGGACCUUGUCCGUGGAGACACCACGCUGGGCUUCACUUGCUCCUUCCUGCAGGAGCCUGCAAAUGCUGCCGCAGAUGAAUAUAAUGAUAUAUUCGGCAUUGACGAAGUAACCUUAUACAAGGGAGAGUGGUCCGACAAAGUGUAUGCAGUGGCUGGUGAUGUGCUUGAUGGGUAUCUCUACGAUCUGCUUAUGAAUGUUCUGGAAGAGAAGGGUGUGAGCAAUGAAUUUGUUCAGAAACUCUCAGAUUUCAGCACGGCGUAUGAGCACACCGCGUAUAUUAACCUUUUGGAGGGAAUCUCCAAGUUUACUAUUGGCAAACAAUAAUCUGUUAUCCUAGAAUAGUCAAAGACAACAUUUUGUAUCUGUGGAAUCUGCACUGCCAUGUUUUAUCUGUAGUCCUUAUUAUUUUGCAGCCAUUCGAAAAAGCUUUUUAAAAACAGAAUUUUGUUGUGUUCUCUAUAAAGCGAAAUAAUGAUAAAUAAUUAUGUUUUCUCAACUUUUUAUUUCUGUGUAAAUAAUUGCUUUUCAAUAUGAAAGAUAAUUGUAAGAUUCCACAGAGGAAUGAAUUUAUUUCUGAUUGUUAUGAAGAGCAUUUAUUUUGCUGUAAACAGCUUUAAGAAUGUUAGUUUAGUUGUGCAAUGUGUUGUUUGAUUUAGUUUUAAUGUUAGUUCUGAAUAAAAUAUUUCAAUAAGA